AUGACCGUCACAUCUGCUACUCCUUCAAUGGAGUUACAACAAGACAUGGUUGAAGUUUAUACUUGUCCUAUAUUUAAUGCUGAUUGGUUUGAUGAAUUUGGCAAUUGGUUGGAAUAUAGUAUUUCAAAAGAUGCUGUAUUUUGUCUCUGUUGCUAUCUUAUGAAACCUGAUGGUGCGAGUGGUGAUGCUUUUGUAAAAGAUGGCUUUUCAAAUUGGAAAAAGAAGGAGCGAUUACAAACACAUGUUGGAAAUCAUGAUAGUGCUCAUAAUCAAGCUCGAAGAAAAUGCGAAGCACUCAUGAAGCAAAAACAACAUAUUGAAGUUGUUUUUCAAAAGCAUUCAGGCCAAGCUAAAAGAGAUUACCGAACUCACUUAACAGCAACAAUUGAGUGCAUUAGGUUCUUAUUGCGACAAGGAUUGGCCUUUCGUGGUGAUGAUGAAUCGCACAAUUCAAAUAAUCAAGAUAUUGUUAGAGCUGCUGCAAGUGAAACUACUAAAGUUAUUAUUGAUGAUCUUGGAGAUGAUUUAUUUGCUGUUUUAGUUGAUGAAGCUCGAGACAUUUCUGUUAAAGAGCAAAUGGCUGUUUGUUUGCGGUAUGUGAACAAAGAAGGGAUUGUAAUGGAGCAAUUUCUUGGCCUUGUCCAUGUUUCUAGCACAAAUGCGUUGUCGUUAAAAGUAGCUUUGGAAUCUUUAUUAACAAAGCAUAAUUUAAGUUUAGCAAGAAUACGUGGACAAGGUUACGAUGGAGCUACUAAUAUGCAGGGAGAAUUUAAUGGUUUAAAAAGUAUGAUCUUGAAAGAAAAUGCUUGUGCUUUUUAUGUUCAUUGUUUUGCUCACCAACUUCAAUUAGCACUUGUGGUUGUUGCAAAGAAACAGGUCGAAAUUGCACUACUUUUUAAUUUGCUUGCUAGUUUGUGCAAUAUUGUUGGAGCUUCUUGUAAAGGUAAAGACAUGCUUCGUGAAAGUCAAAUGCAAAAGACAAUUGUUGCAUUACAAAAUGGAGAUGUUUCUAGUGGGCGUGGCUUAAAUCAAGAAACAACAUUGAAAAGGGCAGGAGUUACUAAUGAGUUGUCUCAAGCUCUACAAAGAAGUGAUCAAGACAUUAUAAAUGCUAUGACAUUGGUUAAAGUGUCCAAGCAACGAUUGCAAAGUAUAAGAGACGAUGGUUGGUCCUCUUUGCUCAACGAAGUUUUACUAUUUUGUGAUAGUCACAAUAUUCUUGCUCCAAAUAUGAAUGAUAUAUUUGUAACACAAGGAAGAUCAAGGCGCAAAAUUCAAAAGGUCUCAAACUUGCAUCAUUUUCAAGUUGAAUUAUUUUAUCAAGUGAUUGAUAGACAACUUCAAGAGCUUAACAAUCGUUUUACAGAGGUAAAUACCGAGCUACUUCUUUGUAUAGCUUGUUUGAAUCCAAGUGACUCAUUUUUUGCAUUUGAUAAGGAGAAGUUGCUUCGUUUAGCUGAAUUUUAUCCACAUGAAUUCUCUUUUACUCAACUUUUGGCACUUGAUAGUCAACUUGAGAAUUUUAUAUUGGAUAUGCGUCUUGAUGAUCAAUUCUCAAAUAUAAAUGGAAUCAGUGGACUAUCUCAAAAGUUAGUUGAGACAAAAAAGCAUAUUGUUUAUCCAUUGAUAUUUCUUCUGUUGAAAUUAGCUUUGAUUCUACCUGUGGCAACAGCAUCAGUUGAGAGAACAUUUUCUGCUAUGAAUAUCAUAAAGAGUCGACUUCGUAAUCGAAUGGGAGAUGAGUGGUUGAAUGAUUGUUUGGUUACAUAUAUAGAAAGAGAGACAUUCAAUCAAGUUGAUAAUGAAACAAUUAUUCAACAUUUUCAAAAUAUGAAAACAAGAAGAGAAGUACCUUCAAGAUUUGAAGCGAAGAAAGUUAGCAGCUAA